AUGCCUUUCCCGCCUCAUCCAGACUUGCCCAUCGAGACAAACCCUUUAACUCUUCGUGCUGUCCUCAUCGGAUGGUCCCUGGGCGCCCUAGUCAAUGCGAGCAACGUCUACCUCGGUCUCAAGCUUGGUAUUGCCAACGAUGCCAACAUGUUUGCGGCGUUCCUUGCCUACCCAAUCUCUCAAGCUCUAAUCAGGGCAUCCGUCCCCUUUCUCAGUGGUAGCUUUGGUCCCCAGGAGCACUCCAUCAUCCAGACCAUCGCCAUGGCGACUGGUGGUCUCAGCACACUCUUCAUCACCUCCGUCCCAGCCAUGUUCCAGUCCAACUUUUUCCCCGACGAGGUGUCUCACAGCUACGGAAAACUAGCCGCCUUGACCGCUUCAGCUGGUCUCUUUGGCUCCGUCAUGGCGGUUCCUAUGUACAAGCUCUUCAUUCUGGAUCUUGCUAGAGACCUUCAGCUCAAGUUUCCAUCCGCACUUGCGAUUGCGACGACGAUCCGCACAUUCCACCUCAGUGGCAACAAUGCCGGGAACAACGGAGUUAAAGCUCUUCUGAUCACUUUUGUGGUGUGCUUCUGCUACAUUGUAGGGUCGUCCUAUGCUCCCGGGAUCCUGAUUCACUGGUUCAUUACUUGGUGGUUCUAUGUCUGGGGCGCCAAGGGGGCCAUCUUUGCUUCCAACUGGGGCUGGGUUCAGAUCUACUGGAGCCCCGCUAUGAUGGGCUAUGGAAUCAUUAUCGGACUCAACCUGGCUUUGUCUUGGAUGCUCGGUUAUGUCGUUCUAUGGGGAGUCAUCGGUCCUAUCUUGGAGGCCAAGGGGAUUGCCUCUGGCAUCGCCUUCGACCCUGAAGAGCCUGAUCUCAUGACAUACCUGUCUUUGAAUCUUCAAGACCCCAUCAACAACCCAUCGCCUCGGUAUUGGAUGUUGUGGCCUUCAGUGUUUGUCAUGCUCUGCGCAAGCGUCACUGACAUCGCGUGCCAAUGGAGAAGCUGGGUCCGUCUUGCAACGCUCAUCUGGGUUUAUGCUGCCAAAGGAGGGAACCGCGUCGUGCUUCUGCUCCGGGGCAGAGAGAGUGAAUCUCUGGGACGCCAAGCUGGGAAGCACGUCGGAUCUCCAGCCCUCCCUGAUCCCUCUACCCCGCAGCAAAAGACAAAGUGGUGGGAGUUCUGGCCGUCUCUGACCGCCGGUGCGCUUCUUGCCUGUCUCAUCAUGACUUUACAUUACGACCUGAAUGGCGGGAUUGCAGUUCUCGUUCUUCUUCUGGCCGUCAUUCUCGGCAUGUUUGUGGUGCAGGUCGCUGGGCAAUCAUCAAUCGCUCCCGCUGGGCCUGCUGCUUAUAUCUCCCAACUUGUCAUUGGCAGUAUUCUGCGUAGCAACACAGAUAACACGUCAUCUGCUACUUUCGGAUGUCUCGUGGCUGGCGCCAUCGUCAGCCAAGCUGCUAUGCAAGCUGGUGAGCUGACAACGGACUUCAAGGUGGGAUACUUCACCGGCACGCCUCCCCGAUACCAGUUUUACGGCCAACUUUUGGGCAUCAUACCUGCCAUCUUUCUCUCGCCUGCUCUGUACAUCGUCUUCGCCAAGGCGUAUCCGUGUAUCAAUGAUCUGGCUCAAGCAGCAACCUGUGGCCUGGCCGCUCCAGCCGCACAGGGGUAUCGAGUCAUCGCUCUGGCAAUCACCAGCCCUCAAAUAUUGAUUCCCCGGAGCUCCUGGAUCUUUACAAUCUGUGCUUGUGUGUUUACCAUUGGUGUCCACGUCAUUCGGCACUGGGCUACCAAAACUGGCAGAACUACGCUCAGCGCCUGGAUCCCGAACAUGCUGAUGGUAGGCAUUGCUGGAAUUCUCCCAAUCACUGGAUAUGGCGUCGCUAUCGCUAUCGGUGGUACCAUUGGUUUCGUGUGGCAGAAGCGGAACCCGGCCAGCUUUGGGCGUAUUGGAUUCGCUGUGGCUGCGGGCAUGAUCGGGGGAGAGUCUCUAGCAGGGUUGCUGACAGCUGUCUUGAAUAUCGCUGAAGUGGGAGGGACUGCGUUUUACGGGACUACUUUGGGAUGCCCUGGGGGGAGCUGCUAG